GAUUUUCAUUCCAUUUUACUGUGCCGUGUACAUUUUCGCGUGACUUUAUCAAGGAUUUAUCAGUGCCAUACGCUACAGUGCAUUUUCAAUCAAUACAUCACAAAUUAAAACAGUAAAUAAAAAUAAGCUUCCCCGGAACUAAGGAGCUGCCCCCUUUUAACUGGUGAAAAGAGAGUCAUAGCUGUUAAAAAUGGCUGAAGGAAGUUCUCAAGAGCCGAAGGAGCCUAUGACGGACGAGGAGAGGCUGGCUUUGUGCCAGAAAAUGGACCAGGAGCUUGACGAUUUCAUCAACAGUCUGGAGCGAAAGAGAUACACCGAUGGAUGGUCCGAGGACACGUGGGAGGAAGAAAUGGACAAACAUCCAUUCUUCAUGAAGACCUUACCAGAGAACGGUGAGAUGUCUGCUCUGGCUGAGGGCCUAGCCAAACUGAAGUACGAUCCGCAGGAGAACACUGCGCUGGAACUGGCUGCUAACUAUAAGGAGGACGGGAACUUCAACUUCCGUCAUAAGAACUACCGCUUGGCUGUACUUGGGUACACGGAAGGCAUUAAAGUCAGAUGCGAUGACGCCGAAAUGAACGCAUUUUUAUACAACAACCGGGCGGCCGCGCAAUACUACCUCAAGAACUACCGUUCAGCCCUCGCCGACAGCGAACGAGCCCUAUCUUUCAAACUGGACCACGCUAAGGCCCGCCUCAGAGCCGCUAAAUGCGCCUUUGAGAUUGCUAACUACGAAAAAUGCCUUGAACAUUGCAAUGAACUCCUAAAAGACAACCCUAGCGACACAGACGCUACAGAACUCGUAGCUAAAACUAAAAAAAAAAUUGUUAUCCAAGCAAGAGAUAAACGAAAGCAAGAAAAGCUAGAACAGGUCAAGCGGCAACAAAAAGAUGAGGUUGUCAAAGCCAUUUUGAAGCGAGGCAUUCGCAUUGCCAACUGCGAUGCAGAAGAUGACCUAGAUUUGUCCAAGUUAGAGCCUAAUAUGCCUGGAGCUCAUGAUAAUAUGGUGCAUUUGGAGAAUGGGAAGCUACAGUGGCCGGUGCUGCUUUUUUACCUAGAGCAUCUCCUAACGGAUUUCAUUGUUGAUUGCCCGGAGGAUGUUCCUUUAGAAACUCAGUUGGCUAAAGUUUUUCCUGCUCCAUGGGACACUCAAAACAAAUAUGGCGUAGAUAAAGUAAAUGUGUACUCAGAAGGUUAUAAUAAGCUUCCACAUAUCAUAGAUAUUUCCAUGGAUUUAGGAGAUAUAUUGAAAAUGAAAUAUUUUGUGGUGAAAGGUGGGACUCCGGCCUUCAUAGUGGUGCCUCGAGGUAGCCAAGUUGAGAAAAAGUUCCUUUCGGGAUAUUUCCCUUAAUCACAGAGUUCGAAGACCAAUGUCUUUGAUUUGGGCAACUCUUGUUAAAAUGGGCCUAAAAGUCGACGUUUAUUGGCGUUUAGUGUAGACAUGCCUUAAGGCACGUAUUCAGUAAAAAAAUAUUUUUGUUUAUAAAUGUUUAUAAACUUCAAACUUCAACAUUUGUUCAGCAAAUAGACCACUUUUACACGUCAACAUUGUAUUUACCACAAAAAAAAUCAUACAUCAACAAUUAUAACAACUAACUGCAUUAUGAUUACUUUAGAGAUGUAUAAGGUUUCUUAAUGUCGAGUUACAUAAAAAAACUGUAAUAAUAAUGUUAUAAGAGAGAGUAGACACUAUAUUUCUAAGAUUUUAUUUAUAUAUUUACAGUCUAUUUGUAAUAUGUUUAUCCAUGGAUGCGCCAUUAUUUAUCUUGACAUAAAUAUGUUUUUCAAUGUGUUUUGACAGCAUUCCAAAUAUAUUUAGUAGACCCUGAAUCAUCAAUAAGUAGCUGAAUAUUUACCUGUUGGUAAUAAAUAAAACGUUUAUUCAUAUCAAAUAAUGUUUUGUUAUAUAAUAUUGAUUUUCAUGUUAUUAGUAAACAUAAAAAUGUAUAGGUUAAGACGCUCUUACGCACUUGGCAAUAAAG